GGCUGGUCAUUUCAAAAUCAGAAAAACAUCUCCAAGGAUCCACUCCAUCACUUGUGUUUGAGCAGUUGACAACGAUUGACAAACAAAUAUGGCAAAUAAAAUACUCCUUCAUUUGCUUGUGUUGGCCGCAUUUCUGGCCCUAGUUCACAGUGCUGGGAUUUCCAAAGGAAAGUUGAGAUUUAAAGUUUCCGGAAGAAAUUUGCCAGACAAAGAUACAGGACUCGGCACCACGGAUGGGUACUUCCAGCUAUAUGUCAGCACUGAUGGGGGCAGAACGAAGACAAAAUUGACUAAAAGUGAUACUAUUAAUGACCAAGAAAAUCCUAAUUGGGGAAAUGUAUUCGAAUUUGAGUUCGACAGAAGCAAAAACCAGUAUUGGUUUUUUGAAGUAUUAGACGACGAUACAUUAGCCGAAGACGACACUGUGGGUCGAGUGUGGGUCAAUGUCGCAAAUUAUGUGGAUAAAGGUCAGAUAACCACUGCUAAAUUGGACAAGGAGAAGGGAUAUCUGAUCAUCCAGUCCGUUGAUAAACCUGUGCAAAUUGAUGCCAGCACUCCAGUGGGACAACUUCCCAUGCCAGCUGGUACCAAAGAUGUUGACACCAUCAGGUUUAAGGUCUCAGCAAGUGGGCUUCCAACCAAGGAUGAUGUCGGCUUUGUUCCUGGCAAAAGUGACCCAUAUGUUAUAAUCACUGCAACUGAUGGGAUUUCUGGGAAGGAACGCGAAGUUGGGAGAUCAUCAACUGUAUCAAGUUCUAGCAGUCCAAACUGGGGAGAUGUUUUCCAAUUUCAAUGGGACCGAAAGAAGGAUCAGAGGUUCAAAUUGAAAAUUUGGGAUGAGGAUACCCUUGGGGAUGAGAAACUUGGACUUGGAUGGAUGGAAGUAAACGAUUUUGUAGCACAAGGAUCCUACACCUUGCUUCUUCCAAAGAAAGGAACCAUCACCCUUACAAAAGCAUAGUGGACAAGUAAUGGCACAAAUGAGGCAUUAACUUUUAUGAUUAAAAAUACAAUUUUGUGAGAAUUUGUAUCCAUCUGGUUUGCCAAAUUUUAUUAAAAUCUUUGUUAACCAUUAUGAAA